AUGGCACGAAUACUCGCAGGCCUCGAGGACAAUUGUCUGGCGUAUAUCGAUGAUGUCGUUAUCUUUAACAAGGACUUCCUCAGUCACUUAGCCUCCUUGAAAAAGUUUUCGAGCGAUUCCGAACUUUCGACAUCAAAAUAUCCGCCAAGAAGCUCGUCCAAUGUAAUUGCCGACUAUCUAUCAAGAAUCUCAUAUCCGUCGCAAGCGUUCCACGAUGAUCAUCCCGAAUCCGAAGACAUUGUUGAAUUUCCAUAUUGCCUUAGCGUAAAUCCUUCAGAUAUCCCCAUCAUCGCCGGCAACAUGCCCAUCGCCAUUAAGCCAUAUGAUUUCUUAAUUGAGCAGAAGAAAGACGAUUUUUGUGCCGAAAUCUUUGAUUUUUUAGAAACUGAUCGAGUGCCAGAAUUUCCAGCCGACAGCGACAAAGUCCGCUGGCUGAGCCUAGCCGAGCAGUGUGUCAUCGGAAGAAACGGAUGUUUGUACCACAGAGCCAUCCAAACGAGGUUUGCACGGUGUCAGUCAAUUAGUAGUCCCCAUGAAACUAAGAGAGCCAAUCUUUUGGCCUAUCAUACUAGCCCGUCAGCAGGA